UCCGGCCUCCGCCGCUCCCCGCUUCCGGCCGCCGCCAUGCCGGGCCGCAUCUCGGUGUUCCCGUCCCCGCAGGAGCUGGGCUCGGCCCUGGCGCAGCUCGUCGUGCAGCGGGCGGCCGGGAGCGGCGGCCGCUUCUCUCUGGGUCUGUCCGGAGGCAGCCUGGUGGGGCUCCUGGCCCGGGAGCUGCCCUCAGCCGCCUCCACCGGAGCCGCCAACGGGGCGGGCCCGUGGCUCUUGGCCUUCUGCGACGAGCGCCUGGUGCCCCCCGAGCACCCGGAGAGCACCUUCGGGGCGUACCGGGCUCAGCUGCUGCCGCGGCUCCCGGCGCCAGCCCCGACGGUCCUCGCUGUCGCUCAUGGGCUCUCUCCGAACGCCGCGGCCGCGGAUUAUGCCGAGAGGCUGCGAGAGGCCUUCCAUGGCGAUGCUGUGCCCGUCUUUGACCUGCUGCUCCUGGGCCUGGGGCCGGAUGGCCACACCUGCUCCCUGUUCCCCAACCACCCCCUGCUGCAGGAGAAAGAGAAAAUCGUGGCUGCUAUCACCGAUUCCCCGAAGCCGCCGCCGGAGCGCGUGACGUUGACCCUCCCAGUGCUGAACGCCGCACGCACCGUGGUGUUUGUGGCCACGGGGGAGGGCAAAGCCGCCGUCCUAAAGCGCAUUUUAGAAGGCAAUGAGGAAAACCUCCUCCCCGCCGCCCGCGUCCGGCCGCACACGGGGCAGCUGCUGUGGUUCCUGGAUGAGGCAGCAGCCAAAGAGCUGACGGUGCCCUUUGAGAAGCAUUCCAUCCUGUAGGACCAAACCCUCGGCCGAUUUACUGGGGAUCGGUCAACCACGCGGCGCUGCGGUUUGAGGAACCGACGCGGAGCAGCGGCGGCGCGUUGAGGAACGGCGUCUUGUUUUUGUGGAGCACAGACGAGGUCGUUCCUUCGGUUCGGUGCCGGGCUGCGAAGCCGGGAGCGACGCGAGGUGGUGGUUCUCAUGUUUUGUGAACGGUGGCUGUGAUGUUUCGAGGAGCGCGCGGUAUUAAACGUACGGAUCUCA